UCUCCUCUUCUCCCCACCCUCCCCAAGUCGAUUCGGAAUUCUCGAUGGCAUCGAAGCUCCAUCAUUCGCCCUUUUAGCCGAUCACGCUCGGUUAUCUUCAGGAUUCGACGAAACGUCGGUUCCAAUGGAGCAGUGCAAUUUGAGGGCAGGGGCAGAUCCCCAGCCAAUGAAUGCAUCAAACUGGACAAUUGAUGUUUCAGAUGUAACAACUGUCAAAAUUAACAAUGUUUCUUCGGCUGCGUCUGUGAAGGAUAUCGAAGAAUUCUUUUCUUUCUCUGGGCAUAUCAAAUACAUCGAAAUGCAAAGAGAAUCAGAAAUGUCUCAGCUUGCUUAUGUCACUUUCAAAGAUUCACAGGGAGCAGAUACUGCACUUCUUCUUUCGGGAUCAACUAUAGUUGAUCGUUGUGUCACUAUUUCACGGGUUGAAAAUUACCAGUUGCCACCUGAAGCUUGCAGGCGCACACUGGAAGACGAGUCAUCGCCGACCAAUGCAGCAGUCGGGAAGACAGAAGAUGUGGUAAGUACCAUGUUGGCCAAAGGUUUUGUUCUUGGCAAGGAUGCACUCAAAAGAGCCCGAUCCUUCGACGAGCGACACCACUUCCUGUCCGCUGCAUCUGCCACCAUCGCCUCUCUGGACCGCAAGAUGGGCCUAAGCGAGAAGUUCAGCACCGGCACAGCCAUGGUCAGCGGCAAGGUGAGGGAGGUGGACGAGCAGUUCCAGGUGUCUGGGAUCACCAGGUCUGCCCUUGCGGCAACCGAGCAAAUGGCCAGCAAUGCUGGAUCAGCCAUCAUGAGCAACCACUAUGUCUCCACCGGAGCAUCGUGGGUCUCGAGUGCACUUAGCAAGGUGGCGAAGGCAGCCGAGGAUGUGAGCACGAUGACCAAGGAGAAGGUGGAGAAGGCUGAGGAGCAAAGGAAGGAGAUCAUUUGCAGGGACAGGAGGGAGAUGGUGAGUGAGUUUGCACAGGUCUAUCUUGAUGAGCCCUCAGUCGGUGAGCCUGCAAUUGUUCCUGUGGUUUCGGUGGACGUAAAGAUCAUCUGACUUUGUGAAGAUUUCUUCUGUUCAUUGUUGCAAAUGUUGGAUGCUGAAUUUAGCAUGUUUGGUGAUUGAAAUAUC